AUGUGACAAUCAGACAAUCCAAUCUUGUUGUUUGCGUGUUUGUGUGCGUGUUAUAAGUUAUUUAGCUGUAAGAUAAAGUGAGAUAAAGUGUUUUCCACUUUAAAUCACCAAGCUAUAUGAGCGAAACUUUUCACUCAAACCUUGACCUACCUACCUACUGAGCACUGAAAUGGACUUUGCAAGAGAACAUCUGAAGCAGCUUGGGUGGCAGGAGGGAGAUGGUCUGGGCAAAGGCCGAAAUGGCAUUGCAGAAGCUCUAAAGCCAAAGCUAAAGUUUGACACAACUGGCAUUGGUCAUGACCCGGCCAAGGAGUUCACGCAUACCUGGUGGAGUGAGGCCUACAACACAGCUGCUGCAAAUGUCACUGUUAAUGAGGCCUCGGAUGGCUGCCAGCUGGCCACUAGCAACACCAAGAAAAAGAAGAAGAAAAAGGUGGUCAAAUCGGCAUACAGCAACUUUGUGACUGGUGGCACGCUGGUGGGUAGCAGUGUGACCGGCGGUGGCGAGGCUGAUGGUGAGGGUCCUGAGGAGGCGGCGCCAGUUGAGUCGCGCCUCAGUGACGAACAGCUGUUGGCGGCGUGCGGCGGCCGGACGGCGCACAAGGGCGCCCGGCACGGCCACAAGAUGGACGGAAAGCUGGCCAGGAUCGUGGCCCAGGAGGCCGCCAUCCUGGCCAGACUGACGGGCCAGAAACCCGCCGACGAAGACGUGACUAAGAGAAAGAAGAAAAAGAGGAAGGCUGAUGUAGGAGAGGAUCCAACUUCUGCUAUCCUGGAUAAUGAUGACCUAGGCAGCGCUGUGGUAGGUUGUUUAAAAUCUGAAAAGAAAAAGAAGAAGCGAAAGAAGCCAGAUCUAGAUGCGGUGGAUGAAUCAAUCGCUGAAGACGGUAGUACCGUCGUUUCUACAUCAGAGAGAAGGAAAAAGAAAAAGCAAAAAUCACAAGCAAGCAGCUGACAAGAUGAAUCAGCACUAAAACCUGUUUUCUAUCGGCAAGGAAAUGACCGCAGUGCAGUUUACGGCACGCACUGCCACAUCUGUUAUACUUCCGUACAAUGCAACAUUUUGCGUACAAUUCAUGGGCCUCGUCUGAGUUUUAUGACAACACGCUACAGAACAAUGUGGAACCAACUGAACGGAAUGAAAUAAAGCAUUGACGAUGCUCGGUAUCUCGCCCGGAAAGCAUCUGUGCACCGUGCUCCCAGCUCCGAAUGCACGAUUUGGCCUCAGCGCCACCUUCUGUACCCAUCUCAGCAGCAACAACUAUAAGUAUUGGGAUAUGCCACCAGGUGGACUGAAAACCCUCUGUUCAGCAUCCGCUCAUUGAGGUAGUGUUUUAUAUACCUGGACUGAGGUUUUGGUGCGCAUGGACGGUGCGAUGUAUGUUGAUGCCUGUUUGGAGCGAUGGGCUCUCCGAACGUGUGCUGAUUAAUAUGCACGAUUUUACAUCGUUUCGUAGGCCAUGCAGCAUCCAUGUGUGUGGUAGAGGGCGUAUGCAUCGUAUUUUCUGAUUUGUUGUCUGUUGACAUUUAAAUAAUGCCUUCAAAAGGGUGUACCGGUAACGACGAAAAGGGUCGAAUACAAACUAGAUCAAUUAUAA